AUGUCGUUCCUCGCAACUACUCAGACGGAGCAACUCACCCCAAAUGAGACCGCAUCCGAUGUUCCACCCAACAUGGGCAGCCCUCGCUUCGAGAGAAAGAGCCUCCUCCUCGGCUCGGCCACCGACAACGUCCCAAGCCCAGCGGUGAACAUGGUUAUACGGCAGGACCCCUUCUCAAUGACCUUGGAUGCCAAUGCCCUCCUUGCCGGCUCGGUCUUCCUUAUCAUGGGCUUGCACUUCGUCCCUCACUACCUCCUGGAGUCCUUUAUCCUCGCUGUCCCAAUUCUCCUACUGGUCUGGAACGACUAUCAGAACUUCCUCCGUCUUGGGCCAGGCGGAACUCCACCCACCCUAUCCGGCUACGCACGGCUGGCCUGGUUCCGCCUCUUCGUGCUCCGGGACCCUUUCAGUCCGCCCUCCGCAGGCGCCGUGUCCAGGCCGGCAUCCGGCAUCCUCGCACCGCAGAACCUCCCAUACCGGCCCGGACCCCGGCCCACGGUUGCGGGCCUCGCCCCGCAGCGCCAGCUCAACCAGCACGGCUCCACGGCGGCCUUCGCCGCGCUCAAGGACGUCAUGAACAGGCUGUCGGCGGCGCACGCCGCCAAGUUCGGCAUCGCGACCUCGUGCAUCGAGAAGCACGGCUUCGCCCUCUUCGCGCGGCACCCCGUCAACGUGUGCGGCAACGGCGAGGUCUGCCACAUCCACAACUCGGACCGCAGCAUGCAUAUGAACCUGCACCCGGACGACAUCGCCGAGGUCCUUGGCAAGGGGUGGGGUCAGCGUCAUCCCAUGGCCUGGGGCAAGGGCCAGGAGACCGCCGGCGGGGCCAGGGCCUGGAUGAUGCCGAGGAGUCCCCUGCCGGAGACGUUCGUCCUGGUUUACGCGCCUCGAGACGAGACCGAUCUGCGCGUGGUGCUGAAGAUCAUCGAAUCUGCAAUCUGGUACACGGUCGAGGAGCGUGUUGACCUCGAGCCCCUGCUGGAGCAGCAGUCCUAA